AUGGCUUCGACCGACGACGCUUUGGAGACCUACACGCACCUCCCCCUUCAUAUCGAUCCCCAGACGAAACAGAUAUCGAUCCUGUCCUCGGACAAGACACUCCAGGAUGCCAUCGCCAAUAUCAAUAAGCUCCACACUUCCUUCAAGUCACUUGAGACUCCGAAUAAUAUCCCACCUCCUCCUCUCCCAGUCAACCCCAAACGAUCAGGCCAAAUCCAAAAGAUGCGAGACUCAGCAGUGGCAUCCUCACGCAAAGGUCAGCAUGCAGAUGCAAUCCGCCUCCUCGGAUUCGGCAUAGACAUGGCCGCCGCACGGCCCGGAUGGGAACCUAUGGGACUGGCAAGAGAAGAGCUCGCUUUGAUGUAUCUGUCUCGUGCAGCUGCCAAUGCUGACCUUCAAAAUUGGGUCGAAGGUCUAAAAGAUGCAGAGUGCAGCCUUGAAUGUAAACGAGGCCCUGGCACCGGUCCCAACGGGGAAAAGGUUCCUGGGAACGCGAAGGCAUACAUUGUCGGCGGAAGAUGUCUGAUGGAGAUGGGACGUUGGCAGGAUGCCGUUGAGUGGCUCGAGAGAGCGAUCGAGAUCGAGGGCAAAGAGGGCGACGAUUGUCGCGAACUCAUGCGACGGCUAGCGGAAUCAAAGAGGCACACAGCAACCAAAGACUGA